AUGGCAAAUGCUGCUUACAAGCCGCCCGCGUACGAAGACGUCGUGGGCUGUCAAGUUGUGCUUUUCGAAUGGGCCGAAAGCUACGAUAGCAAGAACUGGGACCGUCUUGGCAAAUGCAUCGCUCCAACACUCCAUAUUGACUACCGCUCCGUCAUGGGUCAAGAGUGGAAAUCCAUGCCCGCAGAAGAUUUCUUAGCCAUGGCUUCGAGCCCUAAGUUCCUUGGCAACGCACGUAUCAAGACGCAACACUUAAUAGGAGCCUCACAAUGGGUGCAGACUGGCGAGGAUACGAUUACAGGUUAUCACCAAAUGCGCGUGGCGCACCAAAAGUACAGCGACGACGCUCUGACUGUGGUGCUUUAUAAGGGACAUGCACACGGUGGGGCAACCACUAAGUACAGGAGGGUGAACGGUGUAUGGAAAUUUGCCGGGCUAGAGCCGAAUAUUCGAUGGCGUGAACACGACGUUGAUAAGAUCUUUCACGAGGACUAG